UCUUGUUUCAUUUAUUCCAACCAAGUUUUUUUUUUUCCAUCUAUUUUAUCUCUCUAAAGUUUAUUGACCACCAAAUGUCUAAGUGGAAAUUAAGUUUUGAUUCUUCAUCAUGUGAAUUAGUUAGUGAUGAUGUCCAUCAAAAAAAGAUUUGUGACCAUCCAAUAUCACCACAAACUCUACUAACCUUAGGUGUCCCUGGGGUGGAAAAUCAUGUGUCUAAAUUUGGGACUAAUUACUCAUCAAAUCCCUCUCUUGAAAAAAAUCUACAUAAAGAGUCAAGAGGGAAAAAGAGAAAAUGUGGUGAAGAUUUAGUGUGUGAAUUUGAUACUAAUAAUGGAAUUGGGAUUACAUCAAGAAGAAAUGAAGAUGGUUUCCACCAAUAUACAAAAACAAGUUGUGUAGAAAUGCAUAAAAUGAAUGAGAGGAGACGUAGAUACAGGAUUGCUAAAAAGAUGAAGGUACUGGAGGAACUAAUCCCUAAUUGUAACAAGUCAAAUAGAGCCUCAGUACUUGAUCAAGCCAUACAACACAUUCAAGCCUUACAACACCAAGUACAGGUGAUGUCAAUGGAUAGAAUCCGUGCAUCGACUCUAGUAGCUGCAGGGAGAAAUCAAAUAAUGCAGAGUACUCUGCAUUUUAAUCCUUACGUGCCUAUAAUGCCAAGGAUAGGAGCAAUUGGCUAUUUUUUUGGCUUUGGAAAAUCUUUUACUUAUAGCAAUAUGUAUUGCUCCAAUUUUUCCCCAAUGUUGUCAACAGGAGGUCAAUUUCCAUUUUUACCCCUCUCCGACGCCAAUAAUUUACUGCAUCCCGUGCCUAUAAUGGAAGCAUUUACGCGAGGCUCUGCAUCCGUUGCUCCACCAGAAAAACGCGCUUAGUUGAAAAGGAAAUCUACAGUAUGUUUAUGUUGUUUGAAAUUCAUUUGUCAUUUUCAGUUAUAAGGUUUAGAAUAGUAUUAGAGAAAUGUGCAAAUCAAGUGUCUUAGUAUAAAUAGGCAUGCAGCGACGAUGUGAGCUACAUAGAUUCAAGUGUGUAUCCUUUUCCGAAAAAUCAUAUUGUGUAUAUAGAUUAAAUAUUACGUAUUCAUGCAUAUAUGUUGAACGUUCUUAAUGAAA